UAAUCAGAUUAAAGAAAGUCAAUUAAGGACAAUAACAACGGCAGAAAAAUACGGCAAAACCGUUUCUUCUUUUCUAGUGAUUCGAAGAAAGAUCAUAAAGAAAAGAACGCGGUACAAACGAUAAAAUUCAAAUAGAUCAUGUAGCAGGUUAUCUUCUGCUGCUACUGGUUACGACGGGCUUUCGAUGCAUUUGUUAUGCCUACGUUUGAUACUAUCGAUCUGUGUGUAAAUAUCGCAAAACUGACGCGUAUUUUGAACAGUUUUGAAUAAGGUUAGUAGCUAUGACGGUCUCUAGCGAAGAAGAUCGGGAUAAUUAUUUUCCGCUUAACUAGCGGUAUAUUUAUCUAGUGACAGUUGUGUCAACAGUUUCAAUUCUUAAAAAAAAAACAUAAUACCAAAAGCUUGGCGUUGAUAAAACGCUGACUAUUGCAGUUUGUUGCAAUAUGUCGCACGCUGAAACAAAUCGAGACCGUCAACAGAACGAGCUUGAAGUAUUAAAGUCGAUAUUCGCCGAGGAGUUGCACGAUCACAGGAAAACUAAAGGAAAAAAGAAAUGGCAACCGCUGGAUCUUUCCAUCACUCUGACGCCUCAGAAGGGGAUGUCAGGCCCAGCCGAGAUCUAUGCGCAAAUCGAUUUGCAGGUCAUCUGCGGGGAAAAUUAUCCCGAAGAGGUGCCUCGUCUUCUGCUUCGCAACAGCAGAGGCCUUUCGGAUCAGCAAGUAGGCGUACUUUACUCCGACCUCGAGCAAAUGGCUGAUCAGCUGAAGGGUGAGGAAAUGAUAUACGAGCUGGCACAGCACGUUCAAAAAUUUUUACACGAUCACAAUAAACCUGGAUACAGCAGUUUUUAUGAGGAAAUGGUGUCCAGGCAGCAGGAGAAGCUGAAGUGCGAGAUACAAAAGAAACAGCUCAAGGAAGACAAAGAGAGGCAGGUACUUCAAGACGAAAUUCAAAAACGUCAAGAAGCGCUGAUGGCGGAAGUGCGAAGACGCAAGGAGUUGGCACGUUGCGCAGCAGAGACGGAUUCCACCUGCCAAUCCAUACCGUCGUCCCCGCCAGACAGACCUAGAAGGUACUCGAGGCGGCGCUGCACGAGUACUUCGGAAAGCUCGGAGAGUUGCUUGUGCGAACAUAAAGGUACCAAGCUCGUCAAGUUCAGCGACAAUCGCGGAGAGCGAGUCGUCUGCAGGGGAAAAUGCCUGGGCCACAGCACAAAGGGCUCUGUCGUUUAUGUAGGACUUGACACAACUAACGGAGAACUAUUGGCCAUAGCCGAAUGGUCGUUGAGAUGUGGGACAACGGAAUCAGCUUUGGAAACGCAAGAGGCAACCGACUUUCAACACUGCCUGAAACAAAUUGCCAUUAUCGAGCAGGAGCUGAAUCACUUAAACAGACUGCAUCAUCCUAAUUUGGUUCAUUAUCUUCACAUGAAGUAUAUUCAGGACAAGGAAAGCGUAGUUAUAUACGUUCUCCAAGAGUUUGUGGUGGGAACGACGUGUUCGUUCUUCUUGACAGAGAAUAUACCGAUGGACGUUGACACGCUGAGGCAUCUGGCAACUGGGGUUUUAUCCGCAUUGCAAUACUUGCACCAGAAUAACGUGGUGCACAAGGACCUGCGCGAGACCAGCGUUCACAUAGACAGCACAGGUGUCGUCAAGCUAUCCGGUUAUUCCUUGGACAAAAGACUGUCCGAUAUUUAUUGCGCGAGCUACUUGGCCAAAAAUGAACACGAAUUCCCAACCAUCCAGGGGAGGGGCGGAAAAAAAGCCGACAUUUACAGGUUCGGAGUCCUCUUGCUGUCUUUGUUGAGAGGCAGUAUUGUUUCGGAAAACGAAAUCGACACGGAAACAAAUUUGCAGACAGAUCUGAAAGAUUUUUUGUCCAAAUGCCUCGUUCGCAACGAGAGGAUACGGUGGUCGGCUGAGCAGCUCCAGGGGCACUGUUUCAUACAAGUUCCCAUCGAGCGAGGAUUGUCACCUCCAUGUCCGGACAGAAAGAAGGAGCAAAAUAGCUCGGAAACCGAACUUCCGGCCGCUUAUGUUCAUCCGUACUUGACGGCAUUGGGAGGUCAGUCGCGCAUACAGAAUGAGUUUGAGGUUUUGAAAUGGCUCGGAAAGGGAGCUUUCGGCGACGUUCUCAAGGUCAAAAACAAACUGGACGGCGGAGUCUACGCUAUCAAGCGCAUCGAGCUCAACCCAAAGAACAUACAGCUGAACAGAAAAAUAACGCGCGAAGUUAAACUUCUCUCCAGACUGAAUCAUGAGAACGUUGUGCGGUAUUACAACUCUUGGAUUGAAAGCGCCACCAUAGAUGACUCCUCAAGGCACAGUCAGCUCACACCGGCAACUACGCCGUCCAACAGAACGGCACAGGGGCGAGAAAAUAACAAAGACGAGCUGAUAGCUCUAGAAAGCAAAGACGUCGAGAGACUCGCUCCUCCGCUGCAUGACGUCGAGUGGAACAUCUCGUACCAAUCUAGAGCGAGCGGAGUUUUGUCAGCCGACAGCGAUGCCGAGAGCGAAGAUAGCUCGAGUGACUCCGAUGACGAGGACUGGGCUUUCCUCACUCGAACAAGAAUAGACUCUUCGGACAGUAUCGAGUUUGAAAAGAACGAUUCUUCUCAGAUUUCGAAAUACACUGAAGAGGUGCUGGAGUCUCCAAUGAGGCAUGUAGAAAACAGAAAUGAUUCAGCUGUUGUUAAGGAAAUACAGUUUAUGUAUAUUCAGAUGGAGUUUUGUGAAAAAAGCACGUUACGAACUGCCAUUGACAACAGCUUGUGCGAAGAUGAGGAACGGGUUUGGAGAUUGUUUAGAGAAAUUGUUGAGGGAUUGGCCCACAUACACCAGCAAGGGAUGAUCCACAGGGACCUGAAACCUGUCAACAUAUUUCUCGACAGCAACGAUCAUGUGAAAAUUGGCGACUUUGGUCUUGCUACAAGUAAUAUUCUAUCCACUUUGGCGCACAACGUGGACGUGGACAAGGAACUGCAGCUAAUUGCAGGAACCAGUUUCGAGAUGGACGAUGUUGGCUCGAUGACUGGUCAAGUGGGCACGGCACUCUACACAGCGCCUGAAUUGAGCUCGAAAGUUGCCAAAGCUAUUUACAAUCAAAAAGUUGAUAUUUACAGCCUUGGAAUAAUACUCUUCGAGAUGUGUUACAAGCCGUUGGACACUGGUAUGGAGCGAGUCAAAGUUCUACUUAAUUUGAGGUCCAGGGAGAUAAUUCUCCCACCCGAAUUCACCGAAGUCGAUAUGCCGCACCACGUGCAUCUCCUUCGAUGGCUUCUAAAUCACGAUCCCAGUCAGCGGCCGACCUCUCAGGAACUGCUGACAUCUGAAUACCUACCGCCUCCUCAGUUGGAGGAGGCGGAAUUGCAGGAAAUGGUGCGUCACACGUUGUCAAAUAGACAGAGCAAGGCCUACAAGUAUUUGAUAGACAGUUGCAUGGCUCAGAAAGUGACGCCUGCCGAAGAUAUAACGUAUGACAUGAACCUGCCUUCAAGAGGAUUCGCGAGUUGCCCUGCACCAAAGAUUCAGUUCCUCCAAGAGAACGUCAAGUCUAAAGUUAUCGAGGUUUUCCAGAGGCAUGGAGGUGUGUGCCUCGGCUCCCCAUUGCUGAUGCCAAAGUCCAAACAGUCCUAUACGCACAUGGACUCGUGCGUUAAGCUCAUGACUCGAACGGGCAGCGUAGUUUCUUUGCCGCAUGAUCUGAGAGCUCCGUUCGCGAGAUACGUUGCUUGGAACAACAUCAUGCAUGUGCGGAGGUACGCGAUCGAACGCGUUUACAGGGAGAAAAAGGUUCAUGGAUUUCACCCCAGGGAAUUGUACGAGUGUGCUUUCGACAUAAUAAGCCCGACGCCCGGCGACCUAAUGGACGAGGCGGAACUGAUAUUGAUAGUCAGCGAAAUAGCCAACGAAAUCCCACAACUGCGUGGACGGAACUUUUCUGUCCGUUUGAACCACACGUCGCUGUUACAGGCGGUAUUGAUGUACUGCGGUAUAGAGAGGGAAAAGUACCACGACAUUUACUCAAUUCUCUGCGACGCGAGAGACGGAAAAUUCUCCAAGUUUCAACUGCAGACACACUUGAUCAGCCUGUGUCUUACCGAUCAGGCCAUGGAAACCCUCUACAAUUUGUUUGAAACGGAAAGCUCGGUCGCAAAGAUAGCCAGCGUCUUGAGAACCAUCACUAGGAGGAAGGGAAACGCGGCUGUUCUCGCCAAGGAAGGACUUCGGGAGCUGGAAAUCGUUAUCGCCAAUGCCGAGGCUCUUGGAGUGAAGUGGCCGAUUGUCGUUGUUCCGCUGUUGGUUCACAACAUUCAGCAGCACAGCGGUGUGAUAUACCAGAUAUCUUGCGAGUUGAAAAAAAGACGACGACGAGGAGGUCAGGACGUGAUAGCAGCGGGCGGUCGUUACGACAAGAUGCUGACGUCGUUUAGACAAUUUCUAGAGCGGACAGGUAUGGCGGGAAAGGAGGUAAGGCAGUACGGAGUCGGGAUCAGCAUAUCCUUGGACAAGCUGGUAUGCGCGGUGCGAGAAAACUGCGAGGAUAUUUGCUCCGAGAAUAAAUUUGGCGUGGAUGUAGCGGUCUGCUGCAUCGGCGGAAUGCAGAGGCGAGAAAAGGAGAAGGCCGAAGUCUUGCGCGAGCUUUGGUCCCAGGGGCUGAAGGUGACGUCGCUCGGACCGCACAGCGCCGAAGAAAUAUCCGAGUACUGCAGGGAUAAUUCGAUAAACUACAUCGUUCUUCUCAAGGAUGGUGAGAAUGGUACUCUUAGGGUACAAUCGUGGGAGAAGGACAGAUACCAAGAGCGAAAAAUAAACACUCAGGAUAUAACAGACUUUCUUCAGCGACAGAUUGACAAUCCGCUGCCGGUUUUAGCCAGAUCGGAAAGUAAGGUCAGCACGGGUAACAACGAGGUUCCCGUUUCCUCCUACAAUCCGGCUAAUGUUAACAUCGGCUUUGUACUGUCGGAGAAAGAUAAGUUGUCCGGGAGUGGUCGGAGGAGUGUAAAAAACACUAUUCUUGCGCAAAUGACCUCCGUCGCGCAGCGGAUAUCGCACAAAAUUCCUAUCGAAGUUUUCGCCGUAUUCCUUGACGCGACUGUCGUCAAGUCGAUAAUCAGCUAUUUGGAUAUUGACGAAAAUGAAGUGGAAUUUCACAAAAGUAUUCAACUAAUUAUAGAAAAACAUCCUAGGCAUAAAAAGUAUAUAACAGAUAUUUGCGAAGAAAUGCGAGAAACGAGGAAUGAAAAAUUGCACCCGGUUCUUAUUCUUUACAGCCUGAUAGACAACAAGUAUAGAAUUCUGAUGUAAGGAGAAUUUAUUUGAACCUGGUACCUGGAUAAUUUUACUUACAAUUGAAAGAAAUAAAGACUAAUUUCCGUACUGUUUUCGCGAGACUUCACAUUUUCGAUGCAAGAUGCAUUCUGCACCCCUCUCCAACCGCCUCAAUGCCAAAACA